CAAUUUCUAAUCAUAGUGCUUUCUUAGAAUUAAAAUGUCUUUUUACGUGUUUGAAACCACAGAAUUAGCAUAUGAUGAUAGAACAUGGUUUAAAUAGUAUGGAAUCUCCCCACUGUAGAUCAUCACCUACCUAUUCCUCUCCUCUUCCAUUUGGGAAGCAAGGAACAAAUAAAUAACCAUGAAGUUCUUCAUCUUUGCCUGCCUGGUGGCUGUUGCUCUGGCAAAGCAUGAGACAAAGGGUAAAUCCUUCAGUGAGGACUCAUCUGCCAGCAUCUACCCAGGAAAGUAUAAGCAGGACAAUACGGUGUUCUUUCAAACAACUCAGGACUCUCCUAGCAGUUCAUCCAGUGAGGAAUCUUCUGAGGAAGUCAGCCAAACUAUUGUACAGUCUGAGGAACAAAAGGUCAACCUAAACCAACAGAAAAAAAUCAAGCCAUUUUCCCAGGAGCCUUCUUCCAUCCCCCAAUUUUGCUCACCUCUCCACCAACAGCAGAGCAGUGUGAACCAGUGGCCCCAGCCUAAAGCCAUCCAUAGCAUUCCCAUCCAGGAGUCCAUCAGCUCCUCUGUGGAGGAAAUCCUAAAGAAGAUCAUUGAUAUGGUCAAGUACAUCAAGAAUCAACAGUCCACCAUCCCCCAAAUUCCCCAGGCUGUUCAUCCACAGAUACCUGUGAGCUACUGGUACUCCAGUAAGGGUUACACCUUCCCAAAUGCUCGCUUUAUGAGAUCCUUCUAAGAUUCUUCAAUUAGCUGCUGCUCCCUAGUUGUAGGCUUGAGUAGAAAAUUGGUUUCUUCAAGUUUCUCCAUCAAUGCAUCAUCUCCUACUAUUAUCAUUCCCUAAGACACUUCUUGAAAAGACAACAAUACUGAGUCAGAAGAAGAAAGAGUGGGAUAUUUUCUGUAUUGUUUAUAAUCUUGUGGAUUGCAUUGUAUGUUUCAGCUUUGGAUUAUGGAACCAUAUUAACUGUAUUGUUUAAUUGAAGUCUUUUCAGUACUACUUCUGAGAUAAAAACCAAAAUAUCUCUUGCCGAGACAUUAAAGUUUUAAAUGCA